AUGUCUAAGUCAUCUGCAUCUAUCAACGAAAAAAACAGUCUGUCUCUCCAACAAAGAGAUGAAGGGGAAAGUGACCUAGAGCAGACUGAUGAUAUCACGGAUGACUCGGCAAGUUCAUACUACACUGCUCUUUGUUCUCUGAGUGAGUACAGUGAAGCUUUAGGGGACACAACACACACUGUCUCUACAGAGCGUCCUGCUGAAGGUGGCACAUUUGAGUUCUUGGACUGCAUUACCACUAUGGAAAGCAUCACUUCAAGAUCCUUGAUCACAGAAACCACACUAUCACAGGACUGCAAAACACAAGAAGAGAGGAGUACAGAAGUGCUCCCUGAUGUGUCCCAAUGUGACCAGGAUAAACCUUCAUCAACUGAGAGAGCAUUAGAAUCUGAGUCAAACCAUCUGCUGUCAGGUACAACAGCAACAAAUGUGGAUUUGCAGUCUGUAAAGGCAGCCUUUAGGAACCCUGUGCAAAAGCUGGAUAAUUCUGACGAGCUUAAUUUAUCAGGAGAAGAUUCAUUGGUUAAACCGAGGGAUUAUUUUGGAGGCAGCAGGACUGUAUUUCAUACUAACAUUAGAACCGCUGAGGAGCACAGCUCCCCAGAACCCAUAUUCACUUCAAACACUAUUUUGAUAACGCCUGGGAGAAAUCAAUACAGCAAGGGUAGGGAACAGGAGCAUGGUGGCACAGAGCCAAAAGAGAACCACGCGACACAAAAGCAAAGACCCAGGGAACGUUUGAGUGCACCCAGGCUUGAGAGAGGCGGGCAUAUUCUGGGUCAUACGGAUUCCGAGCGUAUCCCCGCAACCAGGCACCAACACCAGCUACAGAGACUCGCUGAUACUCGGACGUUGGAAAAGCAGAGCCGGCAAGGCGCCUGGCAAUCCAGACCACUCUCCUGCAAGCUGUGUAGCAGCUCUUGGCAACUCUGUCACACUACAGACAAUACCAGAGGAUCAACCAGCAUGGGAACAAAGCUUUCUGAGGCCAGUAGUAAGGUGGGGGCCCUUGUUAACCAGGCCCAGGUAAGAUCUUCCUGUUCUGAAACUGACUACAUGCAUGUUUUCAGUUCAAGCUGUAGGCCCUCAAGUCAGCCCUCUGCUGAGGAAAACCACAACAAUUGGACAGAUGAUGUUCUCUCUUUUACAAUGCAGAUGUGUUCAAACACUCAAAACACAUCUGCUUGCUCAGAAUCCAGCAGCUUUGAGUGUGUUGAUGUGGCAUUGGAAACCACAGAUGAAGUAAACCGGGGCUUAAAGACUGUGCCCAAAAGACAAAUCCAACUGAAGAGACGGGACACAGCAGAGGCGCAUGCCAGAGAGAACAGCAAUCAAACCCUUCAGGUUGCAAACACACCUGUGCGUGCCCGGGACAUAUUUCAGCGUCAACAUAGCACCCCUGCAGCUUUUAACCAGGGGUCCCAUGUGGCCGAUCAAAGGUCAGUACAGGCUGAGCGAAAGCAAAGGCUUCAGAAGUCAUUUUCCUUGGAUGAAACAUCCAGCAAAACCCAGAUGGCUUCCUGCAUCAUAACAAAUGUCCUAUCAAAAAAAAUGCAACAUGAACAGAAUCUUCGCACCUUGGAUGUUUCUGAUAAAGCUUUUGCUUCUAUCAAAGUGAACAACAGGCCUACUAGCACUGAGGAAUGCAUUUAUUUGUCUGGCAAGGAGAUAUACGCUGAAACUACCAAACUAAAUCAAAAUGCAACUCUUAAGAGGGAGGCCCAGAGAGAGUGCAGCCCUGUUCAAAAGCACUGCAGUGUUAACUCAAAAACACAACCCAAGCUGCUGAGCAAACAUGGCUUCAAUCCUCUUUUAAGCACAACUGGCAGGUCUGAAGCUCAAGGCAGUGGCACUGAAAUAACCGACCCUUCAGAGAAUGAGAAAGCAGAGAAGUUGUGCCCAAGAGAGGAGGUGUUGCAGCUGCCUAACCUGAACCCUGGAGGGAAGCUAUCCUGUGACUCAGCAAAGGGCAGAGCAUGGAAUUCGAGUGCAGUAACAAACGUAGCCAUCAGCACACAGACCUCUGUGAAAACCACACCUGAAGAAUGUCAUACAGGGCAAGGAAUCCAUAAACAACACAAUAUGACCCUAACCAAUGUGCUGGAAAAGCAGGAGCAACAGGCUGGUACCAUGGAAAGUACACUCAGUCCUACUAAUAUUGCAUGCCUAAUCUCUGAUUUGGAAGCAAAAGCAGUGGAUAACACAAUCCCGCAAGCUGAUGAGAGCAGUGUUAGAAAGGAGCAAGAGAGUGACAGAGAGGAAGUCAAGUCACCAGGAGAGUCUGCAAUCCUAGGUAUGCAAAGCCAAGGCAAAUUGAAAGCCAUGGCCCCUGUGCAUGUAGUAAGAGACAUGAGAAGCCUAGUGAAAAACACAUACAACAUGUCCUUCAAAGGCGCAGGGGAAUCAGCCCAUGGAAUAGAUGUGAGUGCUCUUUUGUUUCAGCCAUCAGUACACAAUUUAAGCAACAACAAGGGUAAAGGUAAGGGAAAGGGAUACAGAUCAGAAGAAAAACCCCUGGUACAGAAAGUCACUCCACCUCUUUCACUGGACAGAAGGAGGGAUCAUUCUGCAACGAGAGGAUGCUCGACUAAGAUAAUGCCUCCUGUAGAAUCGAAUGACAAAAGUCAUACUGUUGGAUUUACAAAGGUCAGCCCAAUUAGUAUAACCACGGCAAACAGCUGUGCCUUGUCAAAGCCCUCAGAGACACAGGAUAGCCAAGUUGGCAUGAGUAAACCUGAUGUUGUAGUCAGCGAUACAAACUUGAACCUGACAAACAGGACAGACCUGGCACUGCAAGCUAAAGAGGAGGCCUCCACUGACAAGCCUACAAAAGGAGACGUGAACAAGGCAGAGCAUGAGAUGACCAUCAGCUCUGACAAACUCUUCCCAGUAGCUCUGCAAUAUUGUCCACCCACAGCAAGUUCUGAGCAACAGGACUAUGGCAAGAUAAUCAGUGAUGGCCUCCAGACCCCAUGCCUUCCUCCCAGGUCACAGAGUUCAGUGGGGCCUCUGUCUGCUUGCGUCCUAACGGUUGCUUCAACACCCAUGGUUCCCUCAUAUUAUUACAAACCCAAUCCGCUGGGUUACCAGACAAUCUCUCCUCAUAUUGGAGCCGUUCAUGGCUAUGUUCAAGGGCCUGUCAUGUUUCAAACACCUCUUUACAACCAGCCCUCUGCAUCAAACAGUCAUACCCCCCUACUGAGAUCCCUCUCUGAGGAUGGAACAACGUUAGUGCAGCCAACAGAUGGCUCAACCAGUCAAGCUCAGAACGGGGAAGCAGGGAUGAAAAUAUCUUCUCCAGAAAGCCAACACAACACAAUCUUUGUUGCUCCCAUGAGUGCAGAAGCCAGGCUUGGGGGUACAGGUGUGCUGUAUCCAGAAGCAGGAGGAAGUGUCGCAGCAGGACAAACUCCCCGCCAACUGUUGCUCGACCCGGAAACCGGCAGCUAUUUCUAUGUGGACGUGCCUCAGCUGCCACAGCACAAGAUGCUGUUUGAUCCAGAAACUUGCCAGUAUGUCGAGGUCCUACUGCCACAGCAGACGCUUCCCAGUGCCGUUUUGCCCACACCCUGUGCCAUACCCUUUGCCUCUCUUCACAUCCCACCCAUGUACACCCCACAGUGCUUACCUUACGUACAGUCACAUCCUCAGGUGCUCCCACCACCAGGACAAUGAAACCUGAUGGGACCUAUAGACUGUAAAAGACAAUAAGUCAUG